AUGUCAUCGGCCACACAAUUAGGAAUCUCGGAGAGGGAGUACGAAGAAGCCCUCGCGGUGGAAAAGCUCUUUUUCCUGUCGUCCAAGGAAAGAUGCAAUUACUGUAGUAGCGGAAAGCCGACCUUCGUUGAUACGUACAAUUACGAAUUUGUAUGUGACAGAUGCUCAUUCAGAAGUAAACACAAAAAAAGAAUCGGCGAAGAUCCCAUCAGUUACUAUGACGUGCAGAAGCUAGAAAAAAAAUUUGGAGUAGCAUCUUCCUCAUAUCAUAAUAGCAGCAAUAAACAUCGCCGAAAAUCUAGUAGCGGUCAUCAUCACCACCACCAUCAUCAUCAUCACGGUAAUGAAAAGAAGUCCAAGUCUAAAAGUAGACACUCUUCAGGGAAGAAGCAUAUCGAAGUGCUGUCAGAUGAUAAUAGUUCUUCCUACGAUUAUGAAGAUAAAAUGAAAAAAGAAAAAAAAAAAAAAAAAGAUAGAGAGAAGGAUAGAAGCGGGGGAGGAGGAGAUCGAGAUAGAGAUAGAAGAAAAGACAAACAUAGUAAAGAUAGAUAUAAGAAGAAAAAAAAAUAUGAUGAAUCUUAUGACGACUUUGAUGAUGACUUUUGUCUUAACGAUUAUGAUCAUACCACCCCUGGCAUGAUAGGAAUUAUGAAUUCAAAUAAUAUGAACAGCGCAGAUUAUAAAAGCAACAAUAUGGACAGCAGCUUCCAAGACUUUGAUGGAAGCCUCAUUAGUUACAAUCAACUAGGGGAGGGUAAUUUUAACGACUUUGGCGGGCCAAACGGAAUGAACCAAGCAGGGAUGAACCCAACCGGCGUGGGUCAUGUGAACCACCCCUUCGAUUCGUCCCACUUUGCAAAAGAUAACUACAAUUCGAAAUAUAUGAAUUCGCCCAACGCCGAAAUGGUGAAUGCCGCAAACAACCCGUUAUGCUUGGACGACUAUAACCCCCAUCCAUUUAAUAACAAAAUGGGUUACGCUAACAAUUUUAAUAUGAAGUUGAACGAGGAGGGGGAGCUAGCCAAAAUGAAGUAUGGCAACAGUGGGCAGGCAAACGGCGUCCUUCCGAACAACCGCGCAGGCAACAACCACCCUGGUAACAACAAAAGUAACAACAGUAAUAAGAUGAACAUGCACUUGUACGACCCCUUCGACAGUAACAUGAACACUGGUACUGACAAAAACAGAUACAACAAUGGGGCAGUAGAUAACUUAAACUAUUUUAACGGUUCAAAUUUUCCGAACAACCAACCAGGCAAUAUGAACAAUAGACUCUUCCUGAUGAAUAAGAGAAAUUCUUUAAACCACAACUACAACCAACAGAAUAGCAACGCCAAUUCGAUGUACAGUCAUUUUGCAACCACACAGAAUCCAUACAUGAUGAAUAACCAAAAUAUGAUGAAUGCGAAGAUGCUCUACGAUAACAACAUGAAUAGUUCUAAAAACAAAAACUUUCACAAUAGUAAUCCCAACUCUCCAUUUAUGCUAAAUGGUGGCACAGUUGGCAAUGCAAAUAAUAGCAACCCCGCCCAGGGUUCUCACAGCAACCACAUGAACAAUGCAAUGGCAUACUGCAACCAAGGCAAUUUAAAUGAUAGAACAAAAUGGCACGAAAAUAGCAGCGGCAAUAACGCCAUUAACAGCCCCAACGGUGGUAUUGGUAGUAACCCUAGCGGUAAUAAUAAUGGAGGUUCUCAUAGCGAAGAUUUUUCCCCCGUCAUUGUAUCUGAUAAAAAUCCAUUUUCUCUUCAGAAUAUUAUUUCGAACAAUAAGGCGUCCCCCAAUUAUGUGAACACCAUGACGGACGAGAUGAAUAGAUACGCGUAUAAGUAG